GCGGCGGCAGCAGGAUGCGGGAGGCGCGGUUCAGGGACAACUUCUGGAGCACGGAUCUGACCAGCACAGUUGGCUACGACAGCAUCAUUCAGCAUCUGAAUGAUGGCAGGAAGAACUGCAAAGAGUUUGAAGACUUUCUGAAGGAAAGAGCAAUUAUAGAAGAAAAAUAUGGCAAGGAGCUCAUUAACUUGUCGAAGAAGAAGCCCUGUGGGCAGACAGAGCUGAACACGCUGAAGAGAUCCCUCGACGUUUUCAAGCAACAAAUAGACAACGUGGGACAAGGUCACAUCCAGCUGGCGCAAACCCUUCGGGAGGAAGCAAAGAAGAUGGAGGAUUUCAGGGAAAAGCAAAAGCUGCAUCGGAAAAAGAUAGAGCUGAUAAUGGAGGCGAUUCACAAAAACAGGAAUCUUCAGUACAAGAAGACCAUGGAGGCCAAGCGUCUGUACGAGCAGCGCUGCCGGGACAAGGACGAGGCGGAGCAGGCUGUGCACCGCAACGCCAACCUGGUCACGCAGAAGCAGCAGGAGAAGCUGUUCCUGAAGUUGGCUCAGACAAAAUCAGCACUGGAGGAUACUGACAGGAGUUACCAGCAGAGUGUGACCACAAUGGAGAAGAUCCGGGACGAGUGGCAGAACGAGCACAUCAAAGCUUGCGAGUUCUUUGAGACUCAGGAGUGCGAGCGGAUCAACUAUUUCCGUAAUGCCCUCUGGCUCCACGUCAACCAGCUCUCCCUGGGCUGUGUCCAGAAUGAUGAGAAAUAUGAGGAAAUCCGCAAGAGUUUAGAAAUGUGCAGCAUUGAGAAGGAUGUUGACUUUUUCGUAAAUUUACGCAAAACUGGAAGUUUGGCUCCAGCUCCUGUUGUUUAUGAAAACUACUAUAAUGCCCAGAGAAAUGUGACUCCUGCGAGAAGUCCAGCUCCUGUGCCUAUAUCAAGGAGGGGACCCCUGCCCACCCCGACCAGUGCACCAGGGGAGCCUGAUUAUGCCACAGUUGAUGGCUACAGCUUGGUACAUUUCUAACAGUCACAGUUUUCCAGAAGGCAGAAGACACUUGUUGGUCUGACCAGCGUGGCAGAGAUGGUGUUUUCAUUUAUUCCCAGACACACAGAGCUGAAGUGCUUCUGCUUUUCAAGAGAAUAUUUGAGGACUCCAAUAAUUAUUUGUACAUUCAGAAAGCGCUUACUAAAAAUCUAUGCCUUUGAUCAGCAAACUCCUUGGAUGGAUCUUCACACUCCCAGGAAGAAAAAGACCAGACACAGGCAUGAUCUGUGUCAGAAGGUGGUUUUGAUUUGCAGUUCUUCUAAAGUGUGGCCAUCUAGAAAAUCUGGGGCCUCCCAGUCUCUAUAUAACUAAGAAGUUGUAUGUGCUGAGAGGAGUGCUGCAUGAUGCUUUGGGCUCGCUGGCUUGUCUUCAGGGUAUGUGCAUGCCUCUCGGGUCUCAGGUUUUGCCUGUUCCUAAAGGCUCUUGCCUGUACCUAAAGUCUUUCAUUAGUGGGGAUUAAACUUGUCAUUUAGGUCAAAUUUUACUCAUAUCUCUCAGAAAUCUUACUUAGAGGGCACCAGCAGUUGCACUGCAUAUCUGGCUUAGGUGUAGCUGUGCUUCAUGCUUAACUGCUGACACUGGAAGCUGAUCUGCAUCCCCCCAGGGAGGGACUGUGUCACAUCCAACCUGCUGGGAGGUCCCAGGAAGGAGCUGAAGGAAUUUAUUCAACUCUGCCAACCACCUCUCUGAUGAGGGUCUUGUGGGCUUUUAGGUUUUAGGUUUAUCUAGUUGCCCCUGGUAAGGUCUAGAGACCAGGCUGGAUGGAGCCUGGAGCAACCUGGUGUAGUGGAAGGUGUCUCUGCCUAUAGCAGGGAGUUGGAACUGAUGCCUUUUUGGGACUACUUAAAAACAGAGGCCAGACAAAAUUAAGGGAAUAAAAAGCAGUUAUAUUUAUUGAAGGGCCUUCAGGUACUUUUUGGGCAGACAAAGCCCCCCCCCCCCAGGGGCUACACCCAAAAAAAAUGGGCAGUGGGUCACAGAUUUUCAUAUUUUUCUAAGUUUGGUCUGUUUGUAUAUUGGGGGUUAAUCUUCCAGUUACAGCUUCAGGUAAUAAAGUUAUUUACCCCAAGUUUGCUGCCCCUCAAUUCACUUUUGUUUACAUUUCUCGGGGCCUGAGACAGUGAGGUGUACUUGAUUCCAAGGCCUAGAGAGGAAUUGUUUAGACUGACCAAAAUGGGAAAGCAGUAGCUAACACUUCGUGUGGAGUUUAGAGUUACACCCUAAAGAAUUGCAGGAUUACAAAUAUAUGAAAAAUACAAAAGCUAACAUCUUAAGGCAUCAAGAACUAGGUGGUCCUUAAGGUCCCUCCCAACCCAAACCAUCCCGGGGAUUCUCUGAUUCUGUGAUUUAAUUAACCUCUGUGAUUCUCUAAACUUUGGACUUCUUCUGACUAUGCACCACUGGAAAGAAACCUAUCUACUACUGGAGCCAUGAAACUUGUUUUUCUGACCACAUCUCCUGAAAGCUCCUGCCCUUGUUGUUACCACAUAUAUAGAUAUGAUAAUGGCUUUGAUUCAGAAGCUUACGUGCCUGGGGGCUGCUGGUCUCUCUGAUGUCCCUGUGUGCAGUGCUGCUUCACUGCUCCUCGCUGCCUUAUUUCACUGGAUACAGGGACACAGGACAUGGGGAUAAACACAGUUUACCUGUCUAAACCUGGUGCCAGGUCACUAACCUGGAGCAACAGGAUUUGUUGUUUUUAUGAUGUUUUUCAAGUUGAAUCUGCAUGGCUUCAGCAAGUGCCUCAGCCCAGCAGUCCUUGGGGUUUUUACUGGAUUUAUUUGUGUGGGGAAGAUGACAUUGAGCUCUGACAUCUGCCCUGCUGCCUGACAGUGAGCUGUGCAGAGUGCACAUGGCAAAGAAUCAGCUAUCCUAUUUAUUUCUGAAAGACCAAGGACACAACUACUCUUCUGAAGGAGCCUGCUGUAGUCUUAGUUCUAUAAAUAUAUAUUUAAAAAAAUAA